AUGCCCCCCCAGCCCCCCCGAGGGUCCAGCCGUGCCCCCCCAGCCCCCCCGAGGGUCCAGCCGUGCCCCCCCAGCCCCCCCGAGGGUCCAGCCGUGCCCCCCCAGCCCCCCCGAGGGUCCAGCCGUGCCCCCCCAGCCCCCCCGCGGGUCCAGGCCGUGCCCCCCAGCCCCCCCGAGGGUCCAGCCGUGCCCCCCCAGCCCCCCCCGAGAGUCCAGCCGUGCCCCCCCGAGGGUCCAGCGGUGCCCCUCCAGCCCCUCCGAGGGUCCAGCCGUGCCCCCCCAGCCCCCCCGAGGGUCCAGCCGUGCCCCCCCAGCCCCCCCGAGGGUCCAGCCGUGCCCCCCCAGCCCCCCGAGGGUCCAGCCGUGCCCCCCCAGCCCCCCCGAGGGUCCAGCCGUGCCCCCCCAGCCCCUCCCGAGGGUCCAGCCGUGCCCCCCCAGCCCCCCCCGAGUGUCCAGCCGUGCCCCCCCAGCCCCCCCGAGGGUCCAGCCGUGCCCCCCCGAGAGUCCAGCCGUGCCCCCCCGGGGGUCCAGCCGUGCCCCCCAGCCCCCCCGCUGGCCGGUGGCCCAAGCCCCGCUCGGUGCCAGGCCCCCCGGGCGCUGUGCGGUGCCAGCCGGGAAUCGCCCCUUCCAGCAGCCCCGGCCGUGCCAGGAGGGAGCCGAGCCAGGG